GCCGCGGCCACCGCCCACUCGGGGCUGGCCAGCGGCGGGCGGCCGGGGCGCAGAGAAGGGCCUGGCUGGGCGAGCUCAGGGCCAUGGCCCCGUGGCUGCAGCUCUGCUCCGUCUUCUUUACGGUCAACGCCUGCCUCAACGGCUCGCAGCUAGCUGUGGCCGCUGGCGGGUCCGGCCGCGCGCGGGGCGCCGACACCUGUGGCUGGAGGGGAGUGGGGCCGGCCAGCAGAAACAGUGGGCUGUACAACAUCACCUUCAAAUAUGACAAUUGUACCACCUACUUGAAUCCAGUGGGGAAGCAUGUGAUUGCUGACGCUCAGAAUAUCACCAUCAGCCAGUAUGCUUGCCAUGACCAAGUGGCAGUCACCAUUCUUUGGUCCCCAGGUCCCCUUGGCAUCGAAUUCCUGAAAGGAUUUCGGGUAAUACUGGAGGAGCUGAAGUCAGAGGGAAGGCAGUGCCAACAACUGAUUCUAAAGGAUCCGAAGCAGCUCAACAGUAGCUUCAAAAGAACUGGAAUGGAAUCUCAACCUUUCCUGAAUAUGAAAUUUGAAACGGAUUAUUUCGUAAAGGUUGUCCCUUUUCCUUCCAUUAAAAACGAAAGCAAUUACCACCCUUUCUUCUUCAGAACCCGAGCCUGUGACCUGUUGUUACAGCCGGACAACCUGGCUUGUAAACCCUUCUGGAAGCCUCGGAACCUGAACAUUAGCCAGCAUGGCUCGGACAUGCAGGUGUCCUUCGACCACGCACCGCACAACUUCGGCUUCCGUUUCUUCUAUCUUCACUACAAGCUCAAGCAUGAAGGACCUUUCAAGCGAAAGACCUGUAAGCAGGAGCAAAAUACAGAGACGACCAGCUGCCUCCUUCAAAAUGUUUCUCCAGGGGAUUAUAUAAUUGAGCUGGUGGAUGACACUAACACAACGAGAAAAGUGAUGCAUUAUGCCUUAAAGCCAGUGCACUCCCCGUGGGCUGGGCCCAUCAGAGCCGUGGCUAUCACUGUGCCACUGGUGGUCAUAUCAGCAUUCGCGACGCUCUUCACUGUGAUGUGCCGCAAGAAGCAACAAGAAAACAUAUAUUCACAUUUAGAUGAAGAGAGCUCUGAGUCUUCCACAUACACUGCAGCACUCCCGAGAGAGAGGCUCCGGCCGCGGCCAAAGGUCUUUCUCUGCUAUUCCAGUAAAGAUGGCCAGAAUCACAUGAAUGUCGUCCAGUGUUUCGCCUACUUCCUCCAGGACUUCUGUGGCUGUGAGGUGGCUCUGGACCUGUGGGAAGACUUCAGCCUCUGUAGAGAAGGGCAGAGAGAAUGGGUCAUCCAGAAGAUCCACGAGUCCCAGUUCAUCAUUGUGGUUUGUUCCAAAGGUAUGAAGUACUUUGUGGACAAGAAGAACUACAAACACAAAGGAGGUGGCCGAGGCUCAGGGAAAGGAGAACUCUUCCUGGUGGCGGUGUCAGCCAUUGCCGAAAAGCUCCGCCAGGCCAAGCAGAGUUCGUCCGCGGCGCUCAGCAAGUUCAUCGCCGUCUACUUUGAUUAUUCCUGCGAGGGAGACGUCCCCGGUGUCCUAGACCUGAGUACCAAGUAUAAACUCAUGGACAAUCUUCCCCAGCUCUGUUCCCACCUGCACUCCCGAGACCACGGCCUCCAGGAGCCGGGGCAGCAUGCGCGACAGGGCAGCAGAAGGAACUACUUCCGGAGCAAGUCAGGCAGGUCCCUGUACGUCGCCAUUUGCAACAUGCACCAGUUUAUCGACAAGGAGCCCGACUGGUUCGAAAAGCAGUUCGUUCCCUUCCAUCCUCCUCCACUGCGCUACCGGGAGCCAGUCUUGGAGAAAUUUGACUCGGGCUUGGUUUUAAAUGAUGUCAUGUGCAAACCAGGGCCUGAGAGCGAUUUCUGCCUAGUAGAGGCGGCCGUUCUUGGGGCAACUGGACCAGCCGACUUCCAGCACGAGAGUCAGCACGGGGGCCUGGACCAAGACGCGGAGGCCCGGCCUGCCCUUGACGGUAGCGCCGCUCUGCAGCCCUUGCUGCACACGGUGAAAGCCGGCAGCCCCUCGGACAUGCCGCGGGACUCGGGCAUCUACGACUCGUCUGUGCCCUCAUCUGAGCUGUCUCUGCCACUGAUGGAAGGACUGUUGACGGACCAGACAGAAACAUCUUCCCUGACGGAGAGCGUGUCUUCCUCUUCAGGCCUGGGUGAAGAGGAACCUCCUGCCCUUCCUUCCAAGCUCCUCUCUUCUGGAGUGUGCAAAGCAGAUCUUGGUUGCCGUAGCUACACUGAUGAACUCCACGCGGUCGCCCCUUUGUAACAAAAUGAAAGAGUCUAAGCAUUGCCACUUUAGCUGCUGCCUUCCUCUGAUUCCCCAGCUCAUCUCCCUGGUUGCAUGGCCCACUUGGAGCUGAGGUCUCAUACAAGGAUAUUUGGAGUGAAAUGCUGGCCAGUACUUGUUCUCCCUUGCCCAACCCUUCACCAGAUAUCUUGGCAAACUCUCCAAUUUUCUAAAAUGAUAUGGAACUCUGAAAGGCAUGUCCAUAAGGUCUGACAACAGCUUGCCGAAUUUGGUUAGUCCUUGGAUCAGAGCCUAUUGUGGGAGGUAGGGAAGAAAUACGUAAACAAAAAAAAGGAAGAUACCUUCACUGGUCAUUCAGACUUCACUGAGCUCUGCAAACUUUGCCUGUUUGCUAUUGGCUACCUUGAUUUGAAAUGCUUUGUGAAAAAAGGCACUUUUAACAUCAUAGCCACAGAAAUCAAGUGCCAAUCUAUCUGGAAUCCAUGUUGUAUUGCAGAUAAUGUUCUCAUUUAUUUUUGAUGUAGAAUUUACAUUGCCAUGGGUGUUAAAUAUAAGCUUUGAGUCAAAAGUCAAGAAAGUGACUGAAUAUACGGUCACCUUUUAUGAAAUGAGUCUCUGUGUUACUGGGUAGCAUGGCUGAUUGAGGUGAAGCUCACAGGGCCAGGCUGACCGUCUUGACCAUUCCAUCUGAGAUAGGUUGGUCAAUGUGCAGAAGGCCCCAGGACCUCAGCACACACAGCCUCCUCUUGGUCUGAGUAGACAUCAUGCGGGGGCCAGAUCUGCCUGCUAUUUCCAUGGGUUACAUUUAGUGUGCUGUAUCUCAGAUGUUGGUGUCUGGAAGUUUAUUCUUAAGAGACUGCUACCCAGCUGGUCUGUAUUAUUGGAAGUUGCAGUUCGUGCUUUGGUUGGCCUUCCGGUCUAAAGCUGUGUCCUGAAUAUUAGGGAUCAGAAUUCACUGAAAUACAGCAGUGUGUGGAGGUGAUGGCCAGUUAAUCUGCUGAACUGGUUUUGACUAAUGACAAACCUCUUUUUAAGAAGGUAGAAUGGAGGGGAUAGUCACAAAAGUAAAUGUUCCAUUUUUAUGAAUGACUUUCCACAGAGUUCUGUUUCUAAAGAAAAAACAAUUGUUCACAUCUCAUCUGAUGAUUAGCAUGUGUGUAAUGAAUGCUGUCUUGGUCUUCCCUGUGGAAACCCUUCUCCCCGUGCCUUUGAGCAGGUGUGGACCUCUCUCACUACCUUUCACAUGGGUGCUGUUAGAUUUUGGCACCCUGUUUUCUCAACAUUCAGCCCACGGACUGUGGUUUUAACUCCUUCGUCAGAUGAGACCAACAUGAAGGGGUAUGUUGAGAAACAUCCUGAGGCAGAGUGGGAGGUGGGAUGGGGCAGGACUUUCCCUUCUAAGCACAUGCAUGGCAGGUGGGGAAAGGGGGACUUGCACCCCUGCUGGAAAGAAAAGGUUUGUGUAUAUUGCUGAUGCAAAUGUCAUACUCACUGCUCUGUAAAGGCAGUUGGCAGCUUUUUGGGAGAAGAACGUGCUAGUCUGUUCUCUGGCAUCAGGUUUCCUGCAGCUGCUCCGAGGGAGAGACAGUGAGCUGCAAGACUGUCUCCCCAUAAAAACAGGCAACUCAGAGAAGAGUCAUUUCAUGUUGUUCCUAUGGAAUCUGGAAUGAGUGCAGAGCUCCUACCCACACAUGACUGCCCCGCCAUUUCAUCCUAGGCAUACAUUCUGUGAAGGAGAUUGGUUAGUCCAAACUGGCUAACAUAUGAAAAUUCACUUGGAACAUUAUGAGAGAUUUCUUAUUGAGGUCAAGAGAUGUUUCCUGUCCCAGAGGAACCAUUAGGAGUCGCUUUUAGUAUAUUCAGCUUUGCUCAUGAAAUAAGGCAUCUCUGGGAAAGUGGCCCCAGGGAGAGAAUGGAGGAUUGGGAGGAGAAGCAUUAACUGGGCUCCAAGGGUGUGUGGGCAGAGAGCUAGCCACGUGAACUCACUCCUUAUGGAAAUGGAAGGGAAAAAGAGAGUGCUAGUCAAAAAAUCAGGGGAUGUUUUAGUUUGGAUUUAGGGUUUUGAUACUUAUGUUGAAAUACUAAUGUUUCUGAUCAACAAAAUCAAACUCUUAAUAUAACAAGUAAUGAAACGACAGUGUGAUUGCCUCAGAAUAAAUUGAGAAGUCCAACUUCCUAGUUUUGUUUCAUUAGUUUCACUUUUUCUACUCUCCCCAUUAUGCUAGAAAUGGGAAUCGUUGCCCUGCAGAUUAAGGCAAAACAUCUGUUUUAAGCAAAGCUGCAUUUUUUGACUCAGAAAUUGUCCCGGACGGUGGAUAUAAGAUGAAAUUCAGAAAAACGUUCUGCCAAGUCACAGGCUUUUAGAUAUUGUGGAAACAAGAAAUGGAAAAAGGGAUGAUCUCCGUGAGAGGCCUUGAUCCUGAGAGUAAAAGGCUUUUGUGGAUAGGUUAGACAAUGUCCUUUAGAAAGGAGAUCGGGGUAAGUCCAGGGUUCCAGGAAAACCAAGAAGCCUGCAGGUAGCUGAAGGUAGAGUGCUAGUUGUUCAUCUUAACUUACCAAUGCGCUAUAGAAAGGACUUAGCAUCUGAUGUCGUCAGCUUUGCCAGGAGAGUGAUCAAGGAGGUUAAAGCUCAGGUAAAGGUGUGCCUUCUCAGAGGCUACCUCUGUUACAAGCAGCAGAGACCACCUCAACAGAGGACACCUCAACAGACUCAGCCCAGCCAUACAGGGUGCAGAAGCUCUUCCAGAGGGCUGUCUUGGGCCUUUGAGGCAAUUGAUCUCCAGAAAGAAUCAGAAGUCAUUCCAGUCCAGGCCCAGGUAUUCAGAUGGUGACCCAGCCAGAUAAUAGUAUCUUGAGCCAAAAAUGAGAUCAGGCCAUAAAGUUAGAAGACAGAGUUUUUGAUUGACAUGUUAGGAAUAACUGAAGACAGUCUCAGAUCAGAAGUUCAAUAAAAUGUCUUUAGCAGUGGUGACAUCAUUGGAAUCAGUGUGUAGUAAGUCAUGGAUAUUUAAGUUCAUAUUUGUUUGUCAGCAUUCAGUCUUAUAACUUCAUAGCCACAAGUAUCUUUUUUAAAAAUACCAACUGUUAGUCUCAGGUCUCCUGACUUAAGUGCAAAUAAACAGGAGACUAUCCUUCAAAAAAUGUGGGGUUACAUGAUUUUCAGAGCCUUUUUUUCAGAGUUGAGCAUCUUUUCUUUUAAAAGAAAUAAAGGGCAAGAGGACCAAUUUUAUUCCUGGAGGAAAAAUGACACCCCCUCCUCCCAAAAGAAAGAAAACUCUCUGGCCCCCCAACUUCAACACUAAUUUGACUCCCUGAAGAACAGAGAAAAUAUUCUUUCUGUCUUUAUUAAAGAGAAGUGGACAAUGCCAAUGUGAAGGUUACUAGUCUUUUAUUUUCUGUUGGUGAAGACUACUACUGCUCUUAUUUAGCAGAUCUUAUACCUUCAUUGGUCACCAGUGUAGCAUGUGAGGUAUAAGGAAAACAGCAGUGUGGUGAUAAAUGGUAAUUAAUAUACUUUGUCUGUGUCAGAGAGCGAUAGGGAAUGGUGGGGACUGUGGCAAACUGAAGCACCCCUGUUCCAGCCACAGGGGGCAAUUUUCCAGUCGACUGUGGCCAUGAAGUAUUUCCUGAUCUUCCCAUUUUUCAAGAAAAGCUGACAGUCUGGAUUUUUAUAUGAAAAAUUCUGAUUUUAAAAAAUAUUGACAACUAAGUUAAAAUUCAAGUGAAUUUAGACCCAGCAUGGAUGGACCUGAUUUGGUUCACUGAAUACCAGUUUGUUAACCUCUGCUUUAUAAGAUUUGAAGGAAAGGCAUUCAUGGUAAUUACAGAUGGUGCCACCAGAAAAUGCUCUUGCUAAAUGCAGCCAGUAGUUAGAUUGCUUCUUUCUCCAGCUUCUCCUGCAAAGAAAUUUGAUGUGAUUUUGAAUGCAUUGGACAUGUCUUGAUUGCGUCUUUACAUUUCAUGGUGCCUUAAAAGAAAGGCAAGCCAGUUGUUAAUUUCAAAAUCAGAUUUAUGCUCUCUCAAUUUAAAAAAUGCUGGGAACAAUUUCAUUUAAGCUUCACAACCUAAAGAGCUUUGUUUAUAGUUUUAGCUCUUGGCAUAAUAAUUUUUUUUUGAUGAUGUGCAGUUCUGAGCAUAGGCCAAGACAUGAUUAGGAAAGCAGGCAAUUUUAGAGAGUAAGGCAAGGAACCUCCUAGCAUCCAUUAGAGCCAGGUAUUUGCAUUAUCUUCCAUUUUGAGUGACUGUGAAUUGACUCUGUUUUGGAGAUGCGAAACAGUAUACAGAGAAAAGCUUUUCCUGAUAUUGAGAUACCAGUUAGGAGUCCAAAUGGAGUGUUGGGUCAUCCUUGCCAUAUCACCUCCUUUCCAGGAUCAGGGUGAAAAUAGACAAAAGGAAAUCUGACUGCAAGCCAGUGGCUUUGAUUCUAGUUUCAGGGUUUAGGGACUAGGAGAAAGUUUAGAUUAUCUAGCAUGUUCUUCCCCUGGUGUCAGACAGGGCUGUGCCUGAAUUAUUCCAGACAUACGGCUGUAGAUGGUAGCCUUUAUUUUACAAGAAGGAGAUUCUGUAACCUACCCUGCUGAUCAGAUAGUUCUUUGUAUGUCUUAUAGAAAUUCAAGCCAGCUUCCUUUUGUUCAGCAUGUAGUGGAGAAAGAACAGCUGGUCACCUUCCAUGUAUUCGAAAACCACAGUGAAGUCAUCCCCCUGGUGUUUUUAUUUCAGUGAUAAAUAAUUCCACCCACUUAAACCAUUCUUCAUGGCUCUUGUUUUCCAGGGGCCUAAUAAUUUUCACUGCUAUAAUGUUUCUCAGCUUCACACUUAGUUUAGUUGCCCAGAGUGUUGGUGCCUUACUCACAUUGGUGCCUUGUGAAGACCAGGCUCAGGGUGGGGAUUAUGGGGGAAAUUCUUGCACACCCAGCUCCUCUUACUACUUAAAAAUAUAAUGGUACUUUUACAAAAUGAUAUGUUGCCUAUAUUCAUGGAGAAUUAUUUGACUACUACAUUUUUUCCCCUGAUGAUAGUCAUCUAUCAUAACUUGUGUUUGUUUUCCUCCUGAGAUCAAACACUUGGUGCUUAUUUCUAAUGUAUACUAUGUUGAGACCAGCUCUUACCUUCUGAGUGGCAGCUACCCCUCCCUCCCAAUUUUAGAUCCUAUUUUUACACAUCUCUGUAGACAUCACCUUUAUUUCACGACUCACAAUAUUAAAUGGUGCAGACUUCCGUUUAACCACUGGUGAGGUAACAGCAGUAGUUGCUAAGCACCACCUUCCCAUUGCUGUUUGAGGGCUAAUUUGCAAAGACAUUUGAGUCCCCCGGUGAAGAUGUCUGGGGAAGUUUGGCCAGUUGUCUUCCCUCUUGCCCUUUCAUUCUUUAAAAUUCAGCUCAGACCACAGACACCUCCAGAAUCUUUGUUUCUGUUCUGCUCUCAAUUGACCAAGCACUGCGUUUUGCACAAUCAGAAGUCUCACGAAAGCAAACAGUUAUGACUGCGUAUCUGAUAUUUAUAUCCUAUAAAAUUUCAGGAAUAUUCAGAGGCAAUCUUCUAUUUGUACAUGAUGUAGACAAAAUUAGCUGCUCUAAUUGUUAGACAAAAACUUGCCAUUGGAUUACACUAAAGUGCUCAUCUGUUGUUUUAAAAGUUUCAUAUCAGGCAGGGCACGGUGGCUCGUGCCUGUAAUCCCAGCACUUUGGGAGGCCAAAGCGGGCUGAUCACCUGAGGUCCAGAGUUCAAGGCCAGCCUGACCAACAUGGUGAAACCCCGUCUCUACUAAAAAUACAAAAUUAGUCAGGCGUGGUUGUGCGUGCCUGUAAUCCCAGCUACUCGGGAGGCUGAGGCAGGAGAAUCGCUUACAUCCGGGAGGCAGAGGUUGCGGUGAGCUGAGAUCGUGCCAUUGCACUCCAGCCUGGGCAGCAAGAGCAAAACUCUGUCUCAACAACAAUAACAAAAAGUUUGGUAUGUUCCUCUCAAGAAAAAAGCAUGGUGAAUCCAGACCACAGCAAAAGCUUUUGUGAAAACCAAAUGUGUUCAUCUAGACAGUAAGUAACUCCUAGUUUUACUGUUAGUUUUUUAAAAGAUAAUUUUUCCCUGUGGAAACUCCCUGUUACUACAUCCUAGGGGAGAAAGCCUGUGGAAUAUGGUGGUUAUUGAUGGUGUUGCCUUUGUUUCAUCUUUGAGUUUGUCGUUUGUGGGAUCUAGUGGGAUAAUGAGCACUGACAGAACUCUUAACAGCGUGGUGUAUUUUUGACAUUGAAAAUGUUAAUGACUUAUUUGAUUUGUACAUAACUCUGUAAAUAGGUGAUAGUAGAUCACAGCUGACAUUUACAAAAUGUUUUUGUACCUUAGAAUUUCUGCAUUAAAUAAAAUGUUUUGUUUUAA